AUGAAGCGCGGGCCCGAAGAAGGUGCAGAGCCACCCUCCAAAAAACGCCAUGUAUCCCCGGACUCAAAUCUUCAAGCUGCGCGGGGAACUGCCUUUCGAAGCGACUUGUUCGAGACCACGACCCGCGACUCAUUCCGCAAAUACUACGAGCAAUCAGGUCCCUAUCCUCACGCAGUCGUGCCUUCCCUCAUCCAAGAAGAACUUCUACGGUCGGUCCGGCGUGAAGUCACCGAGCACGUCCAUUUCACACUGAAAGAGACCGACAUCUACCGCAUACACCAGUCUGGCGACCUUGCCAACCUGUCAAACCUGCCUGCAGAAGCGUUGAAACAUCUACCAAGCCUGGUCAAGCUGCGGGAUGCCCUCUAUAGCACAGACUUUCGAGAAUGGGUCUCGUUCGUCACAGGCGCAGGCAAGGUCUCGGGAAAGAAGACGGAUAUGGCGGUGAAUGUCUACACUCCGGGCAGCUACCUGCUCUGUCAUGACGAUGUCAUUGGGAGUAGGAGAGUCAGCUAUAUACUCUACCUGACCGAUCCUGACCACCCAUGGCAGGCCGAGUGGGGUGGUGGACUACGACUGUUUCCUACGGAGGUAAAGAAGAAUAAAGCCGGCGAGGACAUCCAGGUUCCUCUGCCCGAACAUAGUCUCAAUAUUCCUCCCUCGUUUGGACAACUCAGCUUCUUUGCUGUCAGGCCCGGAGAGAGCUAUCAUGAUGUCCAAGAGGUGUACCACGGUGAAAAUCUCGAAGCGGAUGGUGGAAGAAUCCGGAUGGCCAUUAGUGGGUGGUUUCAUAUCCCACAGGAAGGUGAGGAUGGAUUUGAAGAGGGUAUCGAACAGGCACAAGCCCAAAGGUCCAGUCUCGCGCAACUCAAGAGCGCAGCCAACGAGUUUGACGAGCCACAACUCGUCUUCCGUCAUUUCGACGAGCCGCGAAGCGUCAUGGACAGCCACGCUUCCAAUCAUGAAGUUGAUCCUGGGGAUGACCAAGAUAUGGAGGAAGAUCUGCUCACCGAGCAAGAUCUUACUUUCCUCCUGCAUUAUAUCGCCCCAAGCUAUCUCACACCCGACAUGAUUGGCGAUUUCCGAUCAUUCUUCGAGAACGCGUCCAGCCUACAAUUGGAGCAUUUCUUCAACGCAAAGUUUGCCGCCGAGCUAAAAGACUACGUGUCCGGAGCCGAACAACACACCGAGGCAGCACAUUCCGAAUCGAGCGCCCAUCCUUCGAAUUGGAAAGUGGCCCGACCACCUCAAAAGCAACGGUUCACAUAUCUCCAAGGGUCUGAGGCACUUCACAAAGAUACCACGCCUAUAUCACGGAUUCUCACGGAUCUUCUACAUUCACAUGCGUUCAAAAAGUGGCUGGCUCUGGUCACCGGACUUGACACCAAAAGCUUGAUCCGACAAAACGCGAUUGCUAGGAGGUUCCGUCGUGGUAAGGACUACGCACUAGCGAACCCCUUCCAAGGUGAACAACCACAACUAGAAUUCACGAUCUCAAUCACGCCUACAGAGGGUUGGGAGCCGCGUGAUGCCGCUGCGGAAGCAGACACCGAAGUGAAACCCCAGACCGACAUUCUGAGAUCAAAUGGCACAUCCAACGGUGUGGCAGUCAACGGCGACAAAGGGAAAGGCAAAGGUAAAGCUCGAGAAACCGAACAAGUGCAAGUGACGCAGCCCACGGAAAUCGAGUUCGGCGGUGAAGAGGCGUACAUGGCAGGCGACGACGACGAAGACGACGACACCGCGUCCGUCCGCUCGAAGUCGCUGCCGAACGUCGGCAGAAAGGCCGAUCCCGCAGUCUACAAGUCCUCCAACGGAGCAGAGGACGAAGACGACGGGAUUUUAUUCGCCAACUCACCUGCCUGGAACCGCUUCUCUGUCGUGUUGAGAGAUAAAGGCACUCUGAGAUUCGUCAAGUAUGUCAGUCGCGCCGCGGCGGGUGAUCGCUGGGAUAUCAAAGGUGAAGUGGAGCUUGCGGAAGAUGCUUUUGCUGAUGAUGGGAGUCUGGGAGCUGAGGAGGGGGACGAUGACGAUGACGAUGAUGAGGAGCUUGAAGAUGACGAGGAAGACGAGGACGAAGAGGAAGAGGAAGAAGAACAAGACAAUGAGGACAACCAGCUACAUCACGGGGGUAAAGCAUGA